AACGCCAUUCAUUAGGACGAACCGCGUGUCUUGGAGAGCACUGUGCUGGUCUGCGACUUGGGCUCAUUGCGGCUGAUGUCAGCGUUGCCCUGCGUCAGCUCCACGAAAGUCAACUUAUCUGUAUUAUUACUCGGAUAUUCUUCAUCGCCGCAUUCUUGAUAGAGCUAGCUGCAGACCUUGCACGCAUCUAGGAGCCCUUCCUUUUGAUAAAACACGUGUUGUGACUCGGAAAAGAUGGCCGCAACUCUUGUCUCGACCGCGUCCUCCCGCGUUGCGGCCCUGCGCAAGGAUGUCAGCUCCUCGGUUCGCCCCGUGGCGGUGAUCGCUCGCCCGUCUGCCAGGAUUGCCCGGGCUUGCCCUGUCUCUGCUACAUCGUCCUCUCGUCGCGCGCAGCUCGUGUGCCGGGCUGCUGGUGCCGUCGCGGGCGCAAUCCCCACCGUCAAAAUCGACAACGUGGUGGACCCCUUUGCGACUGUCCUGACUGUGGAGUUCGGGGAGAAGAACGUGGAGCUGCUGGACGCGGUGUCCGCCCUGAAGAACCUUGGCCUGAACAUUCGCCGCGCCACCAUCAGCGACGGCUCGACUGUCUUCUACAUUACGGACGCGGACACCAGCGAGAAGAUUGUGAAGUCUGCACGUCUCGAGGAUAUCCGGAUGACCAUCCUCAACAGCCUGGUGGACAAGUUCCCGGAGGUUGGCGAGGCCUUUGCCUCCGGCUCCAAGACGGACUCGGAGCCCAACAAGGUGCUGGGCACCCGUCGCCGCGUGGUGCAGACCACCAUUGACGUCACGGAGGCCAAGAACGGCGUGUGCUCGCUGCUGCGCAUCGUCACCAGCGACCGGCCAGGCCUGCUGGUGGACAUUGUGCGUGUGCUCAAGGACAUCAACCUGAACGUGGUGUCGGCGGAGAUCGAGACGGAGGGCCCGCUGGCUAAGGACGAGUUCUUCAUCACCUACCACGGCGAGCCGCUCAACUCGCCCAUGGUGACGCUGGUGACCAACGCGCUGCAGUACUACCUCAGCCUGGGCGAGCUCAGCAGCAACGAGUCCUACUAGGCAGCAGGGCGGCGGCGGCGGCGGCAGAGCCGCAGGCAGGUGACAAGGGAGGUGGGCGGCGCGGGGCAGGACAGGACAGGGCGGUUGAGAGGCACGGCGUGCGCGGCGUGGGCGCUCGGUCGAUGCGAUCGCACGCAGGGCUUGUGCACGGCACAUGCAUGGUACACGGGUGGCGGGUGGUCAUGGCGUAGGGGGGCGAGUCUCAAGUGCAGACUCAAUGUGGGCAUCCACCAACCGCACCACUAAACGCAGCCUGCUCACCCGUUGUUGCGCCUUCGCAUUCAUUCACAGGCGACUGGCAGGGUUGGCACGAGUGGAGCAUGUGGAAAGAGCAUAGCAAUUUAAGUUGGCUUGGGGACGAGCCAAAGGUCUCGCGUGACACCGUGAACACGUGGACGGGUCUGCAUCGAGCGGACGCGAACAGGCAUAGACGAUGGACGCAAUAGAGGGUUGUUGGGAGCGGGCAACCUCCUGAGGCCCUGCGCCAGUGGGGCGCGUGCGCUUGAGCGUGGCGGCAGAGGGCGCGGGAGUGCUGUGAAGCGGCAUUGAGGAGGGGUCGCUGCUAGGGGCCUCGUGCUGGUGUGGCCCCUGGGCGGCGAGGUACGCGAGGAGCGAGCGAGGCGCGCAUGCGCGGCAGCAGCGGCGGCGGUGUGACACCGUUCACAGGGGGCGGCAGGCCGCGUGUCGUCUCGUGGACAGGUGGCAAGGUCGUCACGUGCUGCAAGCGUUGGCCAACCCGAUAUUGUGGCGUUGCUGGUUGGCACAUUCAUCCUCCGCACGCGGGGGCCAGCACCGGACGGGCUGGGUGCUGGCGGCAGGUGGCACGGUGCUGGUUGUGGGGUGCAUGCGUGGAGGCGCUGCGGCAGCCGAAUUGGCCCGCGCCGCGCUCGCAUGGCGUCAGCACGUCUUGCUUUAGGUCAGAACCGUCCAUGGUUUUGCGUCUAGACCCUAUUCGUUACUAGCAUGGCUGAGGCGUGUCGCCCUACCCGGGGACAGGCGAAUGUACGGUUAGCUAGACAAGUGGGACUGAAGACAUUCUUGUCCCAAGAGCUGUGGGGGUGUCUGCUUGGGCUUGCGGUGGUCAGUCGGGAUGUGCGGGCCGCAUGCGCAGUGCGACCUGGUGCGACAGACGGCCGAUGUGUGCAGGGCGUGGGUGUUGACUCUUGUGUGCGGACGUGGACUUCGCGACAUUGCAGCUUUCAGUGCACGACCGACAGAACACUGGUCGUGUGUAAGACAUAAGAUCAUGGGUGCGUCCUGGGCCGGACCGAAUGCCACGGCCGACUGAGUCUGCAAGGCAACCACUCAAG